UGUAGGAGGACUUAACCUAUACGAAACUGCAAUUGAUAAAGAAAGCACAAGCAACGAAAUUAAUUUUUUAGAUUUUAUAAAACAUGGGAGAUUUUCGAGCAGGCGAAUCGCCGUUCAAAACAAAAAACACCUAUGAUGAUAAGCUCAAAAUCUGGAGUGGUGGCGAAAAGCGGAGUUUAUUUUCCCCCGACUUGUCCAUCGGAGAGAUUAUCUUCCGGCAAAUGGAGCGUCAUUCAAAACUCAUAGCUCAGAUCUCCGUAACGGAGGACACAGUGUUGACUUGGGGAGAACUACGCGAGAAUGCGAAGCGAGUGGCUACAUAUAUGCGAAACUUGGGCCUGAAGCAAGGAGAAUUUGUGGGAAUCAUUGGCAGACUCACCACCCACUUGACGGCUCUGGCUUACGCCUGUUUCUUCAAUGGAACCCCAUAUCAUGCCCUGCACACUGAGUACGAACAGUCGGCAAUCGAGAGACUAUUUGGAAUGACUCGACCUCGUCUAAUCUUUUGCGAUGGAGAUGAGUUUGCAAAGGUUCGGGCAGCCACUGAAAGCCUGCAAGUGAAGAUAGUUACUAUGCGGAAUCAUCCGAAGGGAUCACUACGGAUUGAGGAUAUUUUGGGGACUACCGUGGGGGAGAACUUUCAGCCAGUCCGUUUGAAAGAGGGUACUGAUCAAACUCUGGCCAUUCUUAGUUCCUCUGGGUCAUCGGGCCUUCCAAAGGCAGUUACUAUUAGCAAUAGUCACCAGAUUAUUGCGAGCUUUCUCGCCGUGGAUACUUCCCUAGUUAACUAUAACCCAAACACAUUGGAUUGGGCUUCGGGAAUCUCGAUGACCAUCAAUUCUGGCGUCUUUGGCACACCGAGCAUUAUUUCAGACAGUGACUUUGAUCCUGGCUCCUUGUGUGGUUUAAUAAGAGAGUAUAGAAUCUCAUUGGUGUUCAUAAGUUCUUCACAAUUGGCCAUGCUAGCUAACUGCCCGGAAUUCGAAACAGCUGAUCUUUCUUCCGUAAAGUACUUAUUUUAUGGUGGAUCAAAUUGUUCACUGGAAGCUCAGAAAAGAGUGAGCAGCCGUCUUAGCCCCGAAUGCAUUAACUUUAGUUAUACGCUAACCGAGUUAAACAGCCCGGGAUGCAUGAACUUCAACUUCGAAGAGAAACCCAAUUCUGUAGGCCGACCGGUUAAGGGCAUUAAGGUAAAAAUUAUCAACGAACAGGGUGAGGCCCAAGGACCUAACAACAUUGGUGAAAUCUGCUUCAAUAACGGUCAAAAAUGGUCUGGCUACUAUAAGAAUCCAGAGGAAACCAGAAAUAUGCAGGACACUCAGAACUGGUUUCACACUGGAGAUCUCGGCUACAUGGACGACGACGGUUAUCUUUUUGUUAUUGAUCGCCUAAAGGACAUGCUGAAGUAUCGCACAAUCAUGUAUUAUCCCAGCGAGAUAGAGAAUGUCAUUGCCGAAAUGCCGAAUGUUGUGGAGGCAUGUGUCUUUGGGAUAUGGGACCCAGUGAAUGGAGAUAAGGCAGCUGCCUCGGUGGUCAAGAAACCGGGAACCCAACUGGAGGCCCAGGAUGUGGUGGAUUACGUGAGGAAACAUAUCACUGCCAAAUACAAACAGCUGAACGGAGGGGCUCUAAUUGUCGAUCGAAUUGUUCAGAGUGCUAAUAGAAAAGCAAGCCGAGCAGCCACAAAAGCUAACUUUUUACAAAUUAUGAACAAGUGUUAGAUGUUAUAUGUUGUAUGUUUCACUUAGUCUAACAUUUAAAUGGAAAUAUUUGUGAUUUUAUUUAUGUAUGUUAAAUUUAAAAAAUAAUUUAAAGGGCCGUGUUCUCGUGUGUACUUUUAUUUGCCUAAUAAAUCUGAUAAUAAAUUUCUUGAA